AUGACCGAGAACAAAGAUGUCAAGGAGCAAAUCAAUGAACAUCAUAAGCUAUUGGAGGAGCUUCGUGCUGAAAACAUCAACCUUCCAGAUGAGUUCGUUGCUGGGAUAUUGAUUGAGAAGCUGCCAGAAUCAUGGUCUAACUACAAACAGCAGCUGAAACAUAAACAAAAGCAGCUAUCCUUGACCGAUUUGAUCACUCACAUCAUCAUCAAAGACACCAACCGCAAGGCAAUACGUGCAGUUCGAACCAAAGAAAUGACAUCCAAAGCCAACCUGGUGGAGACAAAGCCUUACAAUAAGAGGAAGAGAGCAAACUGUGAUAAGACUCGGAAGCCAAAUGUAAAUUUGGUACAACGAGAUGGUGACAAUGAUGAUGACAUCAUUGCUGCAGUGGUGUCACAAGCUCUCUUAAUUUCUGAUAUGAAGAAAUGGGUGGUAGACUCCGGGGCUACCAGGCACAUAUGUGCGAGCCAAGAGAUGUUUAUCACCUAUAAUCCUGUAAAGGAAGGGGAAGACCAUGUUUACCUUACUGAUUCCCGAACUGCUAAAGUUCAAGGAAAAGGAAAAGUGGUCUUAAAGCUCACAUCAGAAAAGACUCUGGCUCUGAAUGAUGUUCUGCAUGUGCCUGAAGUUAGAGCUAACUUAGUGUCAGUUGCUCUUUUAGGGAAAGCUGGG